UCACACAAAUGUCUCAUCGGGGUGAAAACAGCUUAUGGAAUAGCCAUAUAGAUGACAUUCUUCGCUGAAUGGCUAGAGUUGCUGCAAUUUCACUGGCUCUUGAUUGACCAACCAAUUUCCCCAAAUCUACUCAAUCAACGAGACAUCAAUAAAAUGAAUGACAGUCAUGAUGGUAGUGAAGAUGCUCAUUUAGGCCCUCUCAUACAACAGGGUGGCUAUGAUGUUGACACAGAAAAUGGAGGACUUGGCUCUCCUGAAAUGGAAGAGGAUACCAAGCAUAGCAUGGAUGAACCAUUACGAGAACAGGACCGCUUUUUACCAAUAGCAAAUGUUGCUAGAAUAAUGAAGAAAGCUGUCCCUUCAACAGGAAAGAUUGCCAAAGAUGCUAAAGAGUGUGUUCAGGAAUGUGUUUCAGAAUUUAUUAGUUUCAUUACCAGCGAAGCUAGUGAGCGUUGCCAUCAAGAAAAAAGAAAAACAAUAAAUGGAGAAGACAUUUUGUUUGCCAUGUCUACAUUAGGUUUUGAUAAUUAUGUGGAACCACUGAAAUUGUAUCUACAGAAAUAUAGGGAGUGUUCAAAGGGGGAGAAGAAUGUCAGUUCACUUCCUGGUCCAGACACAAGCGAUGAGUUAUCAGAUGACAUGCUUGUUGCUCAAUCUUUGAAUAACAGUCUCAUGUCUGACCAGAAUGGGCAACAAAAUGUUAUCUACACAACGACAUAUGCUCCUGGUCACGUAAAAUUGUUGCCGGAUAAUCUCCAAAUACAGUGUCACUGGCCCAUUGUGUUAAAACAAGACGAAUAAAAUUUCUGCUAUUGUUGAUGUAUGCUUUGUAUCUGCCAGAAAUGUAAAUAUUUAAGACUUCACUAAUGACUGGCAUUACCAAUGAACUGCUGUGCUACAUUUGUUGAAGAGCUACUAUUUAUUUUUUAAAAAAGGGCAAAACUCUUAUCAAUCCUUUGUAGGGUAUUUAUAAAUUUUAAAAAAUCAUUAAAAUGUUCAAUUUCUGUUUUUUUUUUUUCUCCAUCUCAGUCCCCCUGUAAACAAAUUGAAUACAGCUACCGAAAAAAACAAUUUAAGGUAAAAUGUACCUUGUUGCGUUCAUGGCUUUGUUCUCUCUCUCUCUUAUGUGGCAGUGGCGUCACCAGUGCCUAAAAAGGCUGAGAUGGAAAACUAAGUAAGUAGGGGUCUCAUAUUGUAACAAAAAUGUAAAAGCUAUAGGCUAACGAUAGACCAUAAAUAAAUAUUUCUAUAUAAUUAUUCUUAGUGUGUAUUCACAAUGAAAUCAUAACUUUUAUGAAAUGUGUUACAGAAAUUAGAGACACUCAUGAAAUUAUGACUGCUAAAUAUUGGUGUAAAUAUUUAUUUACUACAUGCCUUUGAGAAAAUAUGACAUACAUUAGAUUGUUUCUGUUUGAAGUGGAUGUUAGCUUAUAAUAUUUUACAUGGUUUUCUUUUUUCAGUUUCGAAAAAACUGAAAAAAACAAAACUUCCAUUAUUAUGAACACUUUAUCUUGUUGGGUCUCUCUGAAUUGUCAACCUUUUUUUUUGUUGUAUAUCUACAUUUAAUUUUUGUUUUCUGUAGGGACCAAAAGUAUUUUUAAUUAAAAGAUAAUUAAUUUUGUCAUGUAUUUCUAAAAUACCACAUUUUUAAAUUUGUUUUUGGGGUCUUUAAUUACAAAAUCUACUUUAAGAAAAAAAAACUGUGUAGCAUUUUAAAACAUAUUAAUUGAAUUCCUUGUUCAUUUUUUUUUUAUUAUAAAUUUAUUUUUGAACUAAUAUUUUUUUUAAUUUUUUGUACAGUUUGAUUAGUUUGUCAUAUCUAUAUAAUCUAUUUUUUACCAACUUCUUUGAAAAUUCCUCUGCUGUUGACAGCACAUACAAACAAACAAUUUGUUAAUGUUUUAAUGAAGACUUAUUUAGUUGAUGACCGUGAAAUGAGAAUGAUGCAUGGAAGAUACCAUAAAAAUAAAAGGGUUUUCAUUGAAUUUUUUUCUCUUGAUCUUACAUUGCUAUCAGGAAAUGUACAACUGAGCAAUUAUAUAAGAAGUUAGAACAAUUUUUAUCAGAUUAAGUCUAUGGAGUUGUUUCUGAUAACAAAAAAAUUUGUUGUAGAUAAAAUGUUCAAUGGUUCCUCAAUAAAUAUUGUGAAAAUAAAAUCCUACCUACUAAUUCUACUUUAUUAAGCUUUGCUAACUUCUAUGUUUGAAGAGCUAUCAAUGGAUACUCAAGCUUAAUAACAUUGUACAUCUUAUAAAACUAUAAAAAAAAACUUCUGAAAUCUUUCAGUGUAAUGAAACAAUAGUAAGUCUAGUGAGAGCUUGUGUUAAUGGGAUAGUUAUUUUGGUUGAAUGGUGCUCAAUGAUGAACUGCUUUUACUACUAGGAAUCCCCAAAAAAAUCAUAUCAGGAUGUGAACAUGUCUAAUAGACUGGCAGCUAGUUCUGCUUCAGUACCUGACAAUUAUGUCCUGUUUUUAUUUUUUCCUCUAUAAUUUGCCUCAAUGUUGUUUUUGUAUAGUAAAAAAAAUUCUUUAAAUUAUGUUGUUUAUUUUUAUGGAAAUUGUUCACUGUUGAUAAAAUAAUUAACUAAUUUUUUUUUUUCUUAAAUAAAACAUUGUUAAUAAGACGAAGAUCAUUUCCUAAUAGCAUUGCUGAUGAAUGAUUCAGUUCAGCAUGUUGUGCUUAUGAUAAGUGUUUUAUGGUAUGAAUGUUCUUCAUUUUAUUAUAACAAAUCUUAUGCACUUGGCCAUUGAUGUAAGUAAACAUGUUGAUUUUUGUUUUUGAAGUAAAAAUGGUACUCAAAUAUU